AUGCUGGUGCUGACUUUCACCUGUCGCGUGCUGCUCAUCAUCUUGUUCUCAGAGUCUAUUCAAACUGAGAGCUCACCGGUAAGUCCUCAAGGAUUUAUACUUUCACACUUCAGAAGUGCCCAUUUUGAGACGUAGUCUAGCAUGAACUGUUACAUUUUCACUUGCAUCUUUUUUUCUUUAUAAUUUUUUAUUCUCUCUGUGAUUGUCACCUGAAUUUAAACCAACAUCGAAUCACCGAUGAUGGUGCGUUUUAAAAUAUUAAAUCUAAACGUGAGUGCAAAACGUUAUAUUACAUCUGUGAUCUUGCUGAGUGAAGUAGACUAUAAUAGCCAGAAAAGAGUGGUUGGCAUCUCAAGCAGUGCUAAAACCCUUUUCAUUCAGAUUGGCUACAUCCAUGAAUUAAGGGCAUAUACCUGUUACCUUGAGUCAUAGAGCUCUCAAAGUGUUCUAAAGUCAGUUUAGUUGUAUUUACUAAAUGGUUAUGGUCAGUACUAGAGUAUGACAAGCUGAUAUAAGAUCAGUGUUUAGGGGCCACACCUACCUCCAAGCCAUGGAGUGGAAUCUGAGAAAGUCUAUAAAGCCAAUGUUCCCUAAAGAGGAGAUGGAGUAGACAAACACUGGACAACUAGCCCGGACCACAGCCCAGAAACCGCCUCAAGGCAAAUAUUGAAACAAUUUUUUUUCUUAUACCCGAGGGAAAACGGGCAUGUGCCUUCAGAAAGUAUUCACACCCCUUGACUUUUGUCACUGGCCUACACACAAUACCCCAUAAUGUCAAAGUGGAGUUAUGUUUUUAGAAAUGUUUACAAAUUAAUAAAAAAUGAUAGCUGAAAUGUCUUGGUGUCAAUAAGUAUUCAACCCCUUUGUUAUGGCAAGCCAAAAUAAGUUCAGCAGUGAAAAUGUGCUUAAGUCAAGUUGCAUGGACUCACUCUGUGCAAUAAUAGUGUUUAACAUGACUUUUGAAUGACUACCUCAUCUCUGUACCCUACACAUACAAUUAUCUGUAAGGUCCCUCAGUUGAGCAAUGAAUUUCAAACACAGAUUCAAGCACAAAGACCAGGGAGGUUUUCCAAUGCCUCACAAAGAAGGGCACCUAUUGGUAGAUGGGUAAAAAUAAAUAAGACAUUGAAUAUCCCUUUGAGCAUGGUGAAGUUAUUAAUUACACUUUGGAUGGUUUAUCAAUACACCCCGUCCUUCCUAACUCAGUUGCUGGAGAGGAAGGAAACCGCUCAGGGAUUUCACCAGAAUUUAAUGGCUGUGAUAGGAGAACUGAGGAUGGAUCAACAACAUUGUAGUUACUCAACAAUACUAACCUACAGUAAAGGAAAGGGUGAAAAGAAGGAAGCCUGUACGGAAUAAAAAUAUUCCAAAACAUGCAUUCUGUUUGCAAUAACACACUAAAGUAAAACUGCUAAAUGUCCUGAAUACAAAGUGUUAUGUUUGGGGCACAUCCAACACAACACAUGACUGAGUACCACUCUUCAUAUUUUCAAGCAUGGUGGUGGCUGCAUCAUGUUAUGGGCAAGGACUAAGGAGUUUUUAGGAUAAAAAUAAACUGAAUCGAGGCAAAAUCCUAGAGGAAAAUUACUUCAGUCUGCUUUCCAACAGAGACUUGGAGACAUUCACCUUUCAGCAGGACAAUAACCUAAAACAAGGCCAAAUAUACACUGGAGUUGCUUACCAAGAUGACAUUGAACGUUCCUGAGUGGCCUAGUUAGACUUUUGACUUAAAUCGGCUUGGAAAUCUAUGGCAAGACUUGAAAAUGGCUGUCUAGCAAUGAUCAACAACCAACUUGACAGAGCUUGAAUCAUUUUUAAUGUGCAAAUAUUGUACAAUCCAGGUGUGCAAAGUUCUUAGAGACUUGUGCAGAAAGACUCACAGCUGUAAUCGCUGCCAAAGGUGAUUCUAACAUGUAUUGACUCAGGGGUGUGAAUACUUGUGUAAAUUAGAUAUUUCUGUAUUUCAUUUUCAAUACAUUUGCAAAAAUGCCUAAAAACAUGUUUUCACUUUGUCAUUAUGGGGUAUUGUGUGUAGAUGGGUGAGAAUCUAUUUAAUCAAUGUUGAAUUCAGGCUGUAACACAGCAAUGUGGAAUAAGUCAAGGGGUAUGAAUACUUUCUGAAGGCACUAUAUGUGUUUGAGUGUGUGCAUACAGUACAUGUGUUUACAGGUUUCAGUGUGUUUGGUUACCAUGCCAAUUUUGAAGUGUGAGAGAAGGUGUACUUGUACACGACUCGGUGGUGAAAGUGCACCUGUUUAGCAUGUCUGCGUGUGUGUGUGCAAUGUUUGGUGGUUUGUAUUCUACAGGCGUAUGACGAAUUGCACAAACAGCCUGUUUCUCUGUCCAGCUGUCCUGCCAUGCCAUAGGGAUUCAUGGAGAAGAACUCUUCACAAGUGACUGAUUCACUACUCUUACUCCGCAUAUGACGGGUGGGGGCUUAUUUAAACAUAACAGUUACUGGUAUGGAUGUAAAAAAAGAAGUGUGCUAGUCUUUCAGCAGCAUUUCACAGUCUUAGCCAAAACUCUCUCGAGGUAUAUCUAUAUUUUCAUAUACAGUUAUAAAAUCAGUCAAUCUAACACGAGGUUGCCUAAAACACUGUCACCUUGUUCGUCCACGCUGCACUGCUCAACGUUCUGCCCAGAACACUGACACUAAUUGUAGCCGGGAACACAUUGUAACACUGCACCUGAACAGAGAAUACUGCUCAAGGCUACUAGCUACACUUUGCACCUGGACACUCCUCCUCUGUCUGCCUGCUUGCCAGUCUAUUCAGUGGUACUGAACACAGUGACCUCCUAGUUAGAAAGCUAUCUCCCCUGUCCUCCAGUCACAAUGAGGACGCUACCUCUAUCUCGGAGAUCUUCAACAUGCACACACAUAUUCAAUAUGCUUUCCUCCACAAGGAAUCAAUCGAUUAAAUAAUGCCCUGACCUAGCAGCACAGGCAGUCCUUUCAGUAGCAGUUUUUUUUCAAUCAGGGAAAAUUAUGUAAACAGUGAAACACACACCAUGGCAAAUUUGCUGAGCUAUGACAGAGUGUGUGAGGGAGAGCCGGAGACAAAGAGGUAUUGAAGAUGGAGGAUGGCUGGGGCUCGGGGAGGGGGGGGCAAGGGUAGUAGUGUGAGGGAACGGACGAGGCCAUGGUCUGGCUCCAGGGUUAUCUGAGUGGGAUUGGGAGAGGGAAGGUCAGUGACAAGAGAGGGACCCAUGUGUGAGUGCAUGUGUGAUACCUAGCUUUUAGUGCGAUGUCUGGCACUGGGCAGCAUGUGUUAGCAAUUUAGCACAAGCCUGUGGGCUGCGUUCGGAGUACCUCUCUCUCUCUGUUCUCGUCUCUCCUCCGCCCACCUCACUGGAAUGUUGAUGUAAAAAAGACACAUGGUGUGUCAAUAGAAGUUUAUCAAAUGCAGUCUAGGCCUAGGGCAUCCCACUAACGAUUAGGGAUACCACUGUGCCUAUGAAUAAGGCUGGAAAAAGCUGCAGUGUACCCAUACUAUAGCAGGGAUACAGGGAAAGCCCUCGGACAGCAAAAAAGAGCCUUGCUCUCAUGAUGGCAAUAAGUGCAGUGGUGGAAAAAGUAACCAAUUGUCAUACUUGAGUAAAAUUAUAGAUACAGUUGAAGUCGGAUGUUUACAUACACCUUAGCCAAAUACAUUUAAACUCAGUUUUUUACAAUUCCUGACAUUUAAUCCUAGUAAAAAUUCCCUGUUUUAGGUCAGUUAGGAUCACCACUUUAUUUUAAGAAUGUGAAAUGUCAGAAUAAUAGUAGAGAGAAUUAUUUCUUUCAGCUUUUAUUUCUUUCAUCACAUUCCCAGUGGGUCAGAAGUUUACAUACACUCAAUUAGUAUUUGGUAGCAUUGCCUUUCAAUUGUUUAACUUGGGUCAAACGUUUCGGGUAGCCUUCCACAAUAAGUUGGGUGAAUUUUGGCCCAUUCCUCCUGACAGAGCUGGUGUAACUGAGUCAGGUUUGUAGGCCUCCUUGCUCGCACACGCUUUUUCAGUUCUGCCCACACAUUUUCUAUAGGAUUGAGGUCAGGGCUUUGUGAUGGCCACUCCAAUACCUUGACUUUGUUGUCCUUAAGCCAUUUUGCCACAACUUUGGAAGUAUGCUUGGGGGUCAUUGUCCAUUUGGAAGACCCAUUUGCGACCAAGCUUUAGCUUCCUGACUGAUGUCUUGAGAUGUUGCUUCAAUAUAUCCACAUCAUUUUCCUUCCUCAUGAUGCCAUCUAUUUUGUGAAGUGCACCAGUCCCUCCUGCAGCAAAGCACCCCCACAGCAUGAUGCUACCACCCCGUGCGUCAUGGUUGGGAUGGUGUUCUUCGGCUUGCAAGUCCCCCCCUUUUCCUCCAAACAUAACGAUGGUCAUUAUGGCCAAACAGUUCUAUUUUUGUUUCAUCAGACCAGAGGACAUUUCUCCAAAAAGUAAGACCUUUGUCCCCAUGUGAAGUUGCAAACCGUAGUCUGGCUUUUUUUAUGGCGGUUUUGGAGCAGUGGCUUCUUCCUUGCUGAGCGGCCUUUCAGGUUAUGUCGAUAUAGGACUUGUUUUACUGUGGAUAUAGAUACUUUUGUACCUGUUUCCUCCAGCAUCUUCACAAGGUCCUUUGCUGUUGUUCUGGGAUUGAUUUGCACUUUUCGUUCAUCUCUAGGAGACAGAACGCGUCUCCUUCCUGAGCGGUAUGACGGCUGCGUGGUCCCAUGGUGUUUACACUUGCGGACUAUUGUUUGUACAGAUGAACGUGGUACCUUCAGGCGUUUGGAAAUUGCUCCCAAGGAUGAACCAGACUUGUGGAGGUCUACCAUUUUUUUUCUGAGGUCUUGGUUGAUUUCUUUUGAUUUUCCCAUGAUGUCAAGCAAAGAGGCACUGAGUUUGAAGAUGGGCCUUGAAAUACAUCCACAGGUACACCUCCAAUUGACUCAAAUUAUGUCAAUUAGCCUAUUAGAAGCUUCUAAAGCCAUGACAUCAUUUUCUGUAAUUUUCCAAGCUGUUUAAAGGCACAGUCAAUUUAGUGUAUGUAAACUUCUGACCAACUGGAAUUGUGAUACAGUGAAAUAAUCUGUCUGUAAAGAAUUGUUGGAAAAAUUACCUGUGUCAUGCACAAAGUAGAUGUCCUAACCGACUUGCCAAAACUAUAGUUUGUUAACAAGAAAUUUGUGGAGUGGUUGAAAAACGAGUUUUAAUGACUCCAACCUAAGUGUAUGUAAACUUCUGACUUCAACUGUACCUUAAAUGAAAGUUACUCAAGUAAAAAGUGAAAGUCACCCAGUAAAAUACUACUUGAGUAAAAGUUUAAGAGUAUUUGGUUCUAAAUAUACUUAAGUAUCAAAAGUAAAAGUAUAAAUCAUUUCAAAUUCCUUAUAUUAAGCAACGCAGACGGCACCAUUUUCUUGUUUUUUAAAAUGUACGGCUAACCAGGGGCACACUCCAACACUCAGACAUCAUUUACAAAAUAUGCAUUUGUGUUUAGUGAGUCCACCAGAUCAGAGGCAGCAGAGAUCACCACGUGUUCUCUUGAUAAGUCCGUGAAUUGGACCAUUUUCCUGUCGUGCUAAGCAUUCAAAAUGUAACGAGUACUUUUGGGUGUCAGGUAAAAUGUAUUGAGUAAAAAGUACGUUAUUUUCUUUAGGAAUGUAGUGAAGUAAAAGUUGUCAAAAAUAUAAAUAGAAACGUUAAGUACAGACCUCAAACUACUUAAGUAGUACUUUAAAGUAUUUUUACUUAAGUACUUUACACCACUGAAUAAGUGUCACAUUCUCUACGAUUGUGUGUGUCAUGUACUCAAGUAGUGACUCAAGGACAGGUAAGAGACUUUAGAGGUCAUGCAUGUGUGGUGUAUGGUCCAGUAUUAGAGCAAUAUUCAGAUGGCAGAACAGAAAUGUUCCAGCAUCUUCCCUUUGGAUGCAGGCCUGCAAAAUACAAUACUUUACUCCAGCCAUGUCAAUGAGCUACAGACUGAGCCCACAGUUGACAGGCAGGGGGGUGAGGCGGGCCUGAAGGGUCUGGAAUCGUCCCCUCAAUUAGGCCUGUUUAUUUACAGAGCUAGCAAAACCAGCUCUCACAGGUACAGGAGCAGGUGAAGGCCAAGAUAUAUAUACACACACAUACAGACUCAUUUCCCUGGUUUCUAUUUUAAAUGUUCCCAUACUUUGACCAUGUGUUCACUGCUGCAGUGCUUAUCUUUUACGUGCUCCCUCUCUCAGCUUUUCCUAGCGUGACACUGAAACGCUGUUCCUGUGCCAGACAAGCAGCAGACACUAGCCAAGGCACCAACAAAUAUCUCCUUUUUAAUCCCGCUCUCUCACCAACUCUGCUUAAGUCUAUCCACACCAAUACACUCCAAACCUCCAAAUCUUUCUCUGAUACAGUACGCUGCUGGGGGUCAAAGUGUGUCAUAUGAGAGUACAGGUCAGCAGGGUGUAAUUGCAUUGUACUGCCUGUGUUGCUGCUUGUGUCCAGCCAUUUCUGAUCACAGAAAACAUGUGGCCCCGGGGCUGUGCGCUGGACUGCCACAGGGGGCGCCACCGGACAGUAUGUGGCAGCAACGGACGCCUUUACAAGUCCCUGUGUACAUUCCAGAGAGCCCAGUGCAUCAACACUCAGCUACGGACGGCACCACGAGCACACUGUGCAGGUAAGUACCCUUUAGUGAACAUAAACUGUGUACAUUCUAUGAAAGUAAGUCAUAGACGCCUCCAUCUAUACACACGUAUUCACACUAUACACAUAUAUACAUACCAUCUAUUAUUCACCAUAUAUACCAGGGAUGGGCAACUUUGAUGGGGGUGGGGGCCACUAAAAAAUCUGAACUCAUCAUGAUGGGCUGCAGUUGCUCUCUCCCCCCCUCUCACAUUGCGAUUACAUUUUGUGCAAUUCUAUACAUUUUGCCAUGGGGUGUAGAGAAAAUGUUGCAGUUUUAAAGCAAAUUUGUUGCAAUUCUACUCAUUUUGCCAUGGGGCAGAGAGGAAAAUGAGCUGUUUUACUGCUAAUUUCCUGCAAUUCUACACAUUUUGCCAUAGGGUGGCGAGAAAUGUUUGCAGUUUUUAAUAUGAUAUCUGAGUGAGACUGACUAACAAAAUCAAUGGGGGGCCCCGCGGCCGGUAAUUCGACCAUGAUAACAAGUUUAGACAGCUGGCCGCUAAACUAAUUUAGCAAUCUGGAAGAAAAAUGCUGACAUUGGAAAAUUGACUGACUAUCAGUCAGUGGAGGCUGCUGAGGGGAGGACUGCUCAUAAUAAUGGCUGAAAUGGAGUGUAAUGGAGUGAAUGGAAUGGUAUCAAACACAUGAAAACCCCCCCAAAACAUGUUUGAUACCAUUCCAUUCACUCCAUUCCAGCCAUUAUUAUGAGUCAUUCUCCCCUCAGCAGCCUCCACUGCUAUCACUGACUGACAUAACAAGAGAAAAACUGCUGAUGCACAACCACAUUUCGAAAUUGCACCUUGUGUAUUCUACUAUUCUAACUCUCAACAGUAAGUUGAGACCCCGACUGAGUUCCUAAAAACUCAGUCAGUUUUUUUGUUGUUGUGGAAAUUGAUCCGAGGGCCUCAAAAGGGCCGCCAGUUGACCAUCCCUGAUAUAUACAGUACACACAAUCUAUACACACUUCUGCAUUGAUUAUAUAUGCCAAUGGAAGUAGUAGAGGUCAUUGCUGGACAUCCCCCUUCAGAUUCCACCCAGUCCAAGUGCCAGCUUGCUCGUAGUCAGGCCCUGGAGUCAAGUGUCCGCAGCCACACCGUCCCAGAAUGCAGUGCGGACGGAAGCUUCCUGCAGGUAUUUCAAAUUUAAUUCAAUUCAAAUUCAAUUCAAAUUCAAUUACAGAAAAUCUAAGCAAAUCAAACUUUAUUUGUCACUUGCGCCGAAUACAACGGGUGUAGACUUUACCCUGAAAUGCUUGCUUACCAAUGAUGUAGAGUCAAAAAAUUAUAAUAAAAAGAAAAAUAGUAACACAAGGAAUAAAAUACACAAGAAUGGAGCUAUCUACAGGGAGUAUCAGUACCAGAUCAAUGUGCAGGGGUACGAGCUAUUUGAGGUAGAUACAGUGCCUUCGGAAAGUAUUCCGACCCCUUUACUUUUUCCACAUUCUGUUACGUUACAGCGUUAUUCUAAAAUGGAUUAAAAAAUAAACAAUCCUCAGCAAUCUACUCACAAUACCCCAUAAUGACAAAGCGAAAACAAUAAAUGUUUGCAAAUGUAUUACAAAUAAAAAAGAUACCUUAUUUACAUAAGUAUUCAGACCGUUUGCUAUGAGACUCGAUGUUAAGCUCAGGUGCAUCCUGUUUCCAUUGAUUAUCCUUGAUGUUUCUACAACUUGGAGUCCACCUGUGGUAAAUUCAAUUGAUUGGACAUGAUUUGGAAAGGCACACACCUGUCUAUAUAAGGUCCCACAGUUGACCGUGCAUGUCAGAGCAAAAACCAAGCCAUGAGGUCGAAGGAAUAAUCAGGCCUUUAUGGUAGAGUUACCAGACGGAAGCCAAUCUUCAGUAAAAGGCACAUGACAGCUCGCUUGGAGUUUGCCAAAAGGCACCUAAAGGACUCUCAGACCAUGAGAAACAAGAUUCUCUGGUCUGAUGAAACCAAGAUUGAACUCUUUGGCCUGAAUGCCAAGCAUCACGUCUGGAGAAAACCUGGCCACCAUCCCUACGGUGAAGCAUGGUGGUGGCAGCAUCAUGCUGUGGGGAUGUUUUCAGCGGCAGGGACUGGGAGACUAGUCAGGAUCGAGGGAAAGAUGAACGGAGCAAAGUACAGAGAGAUCAUUGAUGCAAACCUUCUCCAGAGUGCUCAGGACCUCAGACUGGGGCGAAGCUUCACCUUUCAACAGGACAACGACCCUAAGCACACAGCCAAGACAACGCAGAAGUGGCUUCGGGACAAGUCUCUGAAUGUCCUUGAGUGGCCCAGUCAGAGGCCGGACAUGAACCCGAUCGAACAUCUCUGGAGAGACCUGAAAAUAGCUGUGAAGCAACGCUCCCCAUCCAACCUGACAGAGCUUGAGAGCAUCUGCAGAGAAGAAUGGGAGAAACUACCCAAAUACAGGUGUGCCAAGCUUGUAACGUCAUACCCAAGAAGACUCAAGGCUGUAAUCGCUGCCAAAGGUGCUUCAACAAAGUACUGAGUAAAGGGUCUGAAUACUUAUGUAACUGUAAUAUUUCCGUUUUUUAUUUUAAAUAAAUUUGCAAACAUUUCUAAAAACCUGUUUUUGCUUUGUCGUUAUGGGGUAAUGUGUGUAGAUUGAUGAGGGAAAAAAACGAUUUAAUCAAUUUUAGAAUAAGACUGUAACGUAACAAAAUGUGGAAAAAGUCAAGGGGUCGGAAUACUUUUUGAAGGCACUGUAUGUACACGAAGGCACGGUAAAAUGACUAGGCAUCAGGAUAGUAAUAAGAGUAAAAUAAAGAACAGAGUAGCAGCAGCAGCAUACACUAAGUGUACAAAACAUUAGGAACACCUGCUUUGACCAGGUGAAUUCAGAUGAAAGCUAUGAUCCCUUAUUGAUGUCACUUGUUAAAUCCACUUAAAUCAGUGUAGAUGAAGGGGAGGAGACAGGUUAAUGAGGGAUUUUUAAGCCUUGAGACUACUGAGACAUGGAUUGUGUAUGUGUGCCAUUCAGAGUGUGGAUGGGCAAGACAAAAUAUUGAAGUGCCUUUUAACGGGGUAUGGUAGUAGGUGCCAGGCGCACUGGUAUGAGUGUGUCAAAAACUGCAACGCUGUUGGGUUUUUCACACUCAACAGUUUCCCGUGUGUAUCAAGAAUGGUCCACCACCCAAAGGACAUCCAGCCAACUUGACACAGCUGUGGGAAGGAUUGGAGUCAACAAAUGGCCAGCAGCCCUGUGGAACACUUUCGACACCUUGUAGAGUCCAUGCCUCGAAAAAUUGAGGCUGUUCUGAGGGAAAAAGGGGGUGCAACUCAAUAUUAGGAACGUGUUCCUAAUGCUUUAUGCACUCAGUGUAUGUUGAGUGUAAAAGUGUGCGUUUGUAUUUAUGUUGUGUUGGUAUGCAUAUGUGUGUGUGUGUGUGUAUGCAGUGUAUGUGAAUGUGUGUGGGUUUUGUGUGAGAGUGUCAAUGUAGUGUGUCUGUAUGUAUAUAUAGUCUUGUGAGUGUGCAUAGAGUCAGUGCAAAUAGUCUGGUUAACCAUUUAAUGAACUAUUUAGCAGUCUUAUGGCUAUUUAACAGUCUUAUGGCUUGGGGGUAGAAGCUGUCUCGGAGCCUGUUGGUCCGAGAGCCGAUGCUUCGGUACCGUUUGCCGGACGGUAGCAGAGUGAACAGUCUAUGGCUACCCUUUAGUGAGCAUACAUUUCAGUACUUGGCUUUGAUUAAAUUGGCAAAACAUAGGUUCUGACAAAUGUCCCACUUUCUCAGGUGCAGUGCCACAACCAGACUGGGUACUGCUGGUGCUCUACUCCAGAUGGGAAGCCUGUCAGUGGGACCUCUGUCCUGCACCUCAGACCCAACUGCACAGGUGAGACAGAGUUUAGAUCAAACAGGCAAUGGGAAAUAGCUGUGAAUUAGCAUCUAUCAAUCCACCCAUAAAACAGUUCACACAGCCCUCUUUCUGGUGUGUUGUGUUGUGCCAUGAGUCAUUUGUCUGAAAUGACACAGAUGACUGAUCUGGAGUUAGCCCAAAGAGGUGAGAAUUCACCUGACUUACACGCAUAGGUACUGUACUGUAUAUCAAUCAAUAGUGCUCCACUGACACUAAUAUAAAUACUCACUCAAACACUGCCACACACAUACCUACUCUGGUACGGGCUUUAAUCACAGUCAGUUUGGUCCUUGAAAUGUUCUUGUCUCUGUGGACACAGGUGAGGGUGGUCCCUCCCGGCCCACCGCUGACCCUAGCAGGCCCCAGUCUGCAGCAGGUGAGAGGAGUGGACAUGGAGAAUCUCCAUUGAACAUGCUUUUAAGUCUAGCACUAGGCUUAAUCUGUCUCCGGGAAACCGUCCCAUAAUGAUGGACAUUUUCAGAAUGAUACUACCAUAUUGUUUGUUUACACUAAUAUCACUCUAUUUCCUGUACAGGAAUCACCGCUCCUCCGCUCUGGGUGACCAUCCUGUUGAACUCUGACUCCAAAGGGAAUCGUUCUGUAAAACACCCUACAGGUAAGGAGUUUUUUUUUAAUGAGCUUCCAUAGCUAUCCCUUCUGUGAGAUAAUGUUUAAGUGUUUGUAAUGAUUAGUGUGUGUGUGUGUGUGCACAUAUGUGUUCAUGUGCGUGUGCGUACAUUCGUGCUUCCACAGACAGUCAUCAGACGUGUGAGAGGGAGAGAGCAGCGUUGAUGGCCGAGGUGCAUCUUCUGUGGCAGGAGGAGCGCUUCAUCCCAAAAUGCAGUGCAGACGGGCGCUACAGCCCCAUCCAGUGCCACGUCACCACGGGGUACUGCUGGUGUGUCAGGGAAGACACGGGACGGCCUCUACCAGGCACCUCUGCCAGGUAUGGCCUCAAACAAGGCACCUAGUGGAUAGAGAAAUGUGGAUAACGCUUUAUUUUACAGCCUGAUAAUUAUCAGGUAGUUACAUAGGAAUGACUUGUACCAGAUUAACUAGGCAGUACAAUAAAGCUUUACCUAAAUGCAUACUGCACUCCCAUGACACACACAAGCCGCUAUCAGAACUCUCAGAACGCUAUCAGAUGUCACUUGUUAAAUCUACGUCAAUCAGUGUAGAUGAAGGGGAGGAGACAGGUUAAAGAAGGAUUUUUAAGCCUUGAGACAAUUGAGACAUGGAUUGUGUAUGUGUGCCAUUCAGAGGGUGAAUGGGCAACACAAAAUAUUGAAGUGCCUUUGAAUGGGGUAUGGUGGUAGGUGCCAGGCGCGCCGGUUUGUAUCAAGAACUGCAAUGCUGCUGUUUUUUUUUCACGCUCAACAAUUCCCGUAUGUAUCAAGAUUGGUACACCACCCAAAGGACAUCCAGCCAACUUGACACAACUGUGGGGUGCAUUGGAGUCAACAUGGGCCAGCAAAUAUAGCAUAUUUUAACAUUGUAUUAUAUUUAAAGCGUUGUGCUGGUUUAGAAUUUUACUAUUUGAUAAUGAUCUAUUAUCUAAUUAUAAUUAAUUAUAUAUAAUUAUAUUAUAAAUUGGUGUGCAAUUCAGUCUAUGACCGUGAGAAACCAAUAAAACCUUCUACUACUUAAAACAAAUAUUUUCAAGUUUUAGUAGGUACAGUAUGUACUAUAGAUGGGGAGAUAGAGGAAAGGGAACAGUGAGUGGUGAGUGGCAGAACGGGGGAUUGAACCACUGCCUCCAGGGGCAUAUGUGGUCUGGUGGCAGCACUACAACUAGACCAGCCCCCUGCACGUGCUGAAGUCUUGAUAGUGCAAUGCUAUGGUUUUAUUGAUUACCUUCUUCAGUAUCCUGGUUGCAUAGCAUUAUUUAAUGGACAUUUCCAUCCAUUUCCACUGUAUUUUCUCUUAGCUUCAUAUACUUCUCUGACUAACAAUGCCACUGACACCCCUGUGAGCAAAAUUGGUUGAAAGUCUCAACUUUUCAACGUCUUGUGCUCAUAGGGUAUAGUGUAGCCUCUACUGCAUCUCCUCCUGUCAAUGGUGGAUGAUAACAAAGAUUAUAACAAAUGGCAAAAGGGAGCAAACCAUUGGGUAAAUGCACUGGGAUGUAUGAUGAUAGUGACUAAAUGGUUGGAGAGGAGUCUAUGAGUUACUGCUGCAGACGUAGAUCAUUCCCAUGGCUGUUGUUGCCCCUUUCAGGAACCGGCUGCCAGACUGCAGUCUGGAGGAGCCCCACAGCAGCAAGCCUGACAGGAACUACAGAGACAGAUCCCUACCAGGUCAGAUCCUCAUACUGUACUUCACUAUACCUGGAUAGAUCAACAAUGACCUUUCUCGUUUUUACUAUCCUGGUCCCAGAUCAGUUGGCUCUUUCUGCCAACUCCUAUAGUCAUUGUCACUCCUAGAGUCAUUGGCAGACAUCACAAACUGAUCUAGGACCAGGCUAACACUAACACUGUACAUUUGAUUGGUACUGUCUAUAUUGAGUACUGUAGGUACUGUGUCAAUGAGCUGUGGUGAAUGCAAUGUGGACUCUUGUCUAGUUUACAUCAUAGCGGGUAGGCGUUCCUCAUUUUGUCAAGAGUUACAACUUAAACUGACCCCCUUGCCUUGCCUUAACACCCUCUCUCUGCUCCCAGGGUGCCCUGGGGCCCGGAAGAAAGAGUUCCUGCAGAGUCUGGUGAGAGCCCUGCAGCUGAAGGCUGAACAGUCUGGAAUACUCAGCCCUCACAGGUCAGUCUGCAUACCACUCUAUUUAUACUGAACAAAAAUAUAAACGCAACAUGUAAAGUGUUGGUCCCAUUUUUCAUGAGCUGAAAUAAAAGAUCCCAGAAAGAUAUGCACCAAAAUAUUAUUUCUCUCAAAUGUUGUGCACAAAUUUGUUUACAUCCCUGUUAGUGAACAUUUCUCCUUUGCCAAGACAAUCCAUCCACCAGACAGGUGUGGCAUAUCAAGAAGCUGAUUAAACAGCAUGAUCAUUAUACAGGUGCACCUUGUGCUGGGGACAAUAAAAGGCCACUCUAAAAUGUGCAGUUUUGUCACACAACACAAUGCCACAGAUGUUUCAAGUUUUGAGGGAGCGUGCAAUUGACAUGCUGACUGCAGGAAUGUCCACCAGAGCUGUUACCAGAGAAUUUAAUGUUCAUUUCUCUACCAUAAGCCAACGUUGUUUUAGAGAAUUUGGCAGUACUUCCAACCGGCCUCACAACCGCAGACCACGUGUAACCACGCCAGCCCAGGACCUCCACAUUCGGCUUCUUCACCUGCGGGAUCGUUUGAGACCAGCCACCCAGACAGCUGAUGAAACUGAGGAGUAUUUCUGUCUGUAAUAAAGCCCUUUUGUGGGGAAAAACUCAUUCAUGUGAAAUCUAUGGAUUUCACAUUACUGGGCAGGGGCACAGCCAUGGGUGGGCCUGGGAGGGCAUAGGACGACCACUGGCUGCGCCCCUGCCCAGUCAUGUGAAAUUCAUAGAUUAGCGCCUAAUUUACUUAUUUAAAUUGACUGAUUUCCUUAUAUGAACUGUAACACAGUAAAAUUGUUGCAUGUUGCGUUUGUAUUUUUGUUCAGUAUAAUUAAACCCACUGGACUUACUCGCCCUGCCGUCUGUUUAUAUCUUGACUCCAUCCCUCUCUUUCUCACUACAGGUCAGUCUGCAUACCACUCUAUUAAACCCCAUGGACCUACUCAUCCCAUCUCUCUCUCUCUCCAGUUCAUCGCUCUCUUUCUCACGCUUAUAUCUCUCCUCCUUCUCGUGGCCACUUAAAUGCUCCGUACAUCUUUUCCUUUCUCUCUCACCAUCUGAACGUUUUUCACUCUGUUAAUUUAUACACACAACUCUCUCCUUCACUCAACCUCUUCUGUUUUACAUAUCCGUCCAUCCAUCUGUAACUCCCUGUAUCUCUCACCCUGCUCUCUCCAAAACCCUCCUCUAUUCCCUGACAGAUAGUAUAGUGGAUUUCUGAAUACAUUACCAAUUUACCAGGCCACUGAUUGACUGUUGUGCCGUAAUGGAUCUGAUAGUACUCCAGUAUGUGAUUAAAUAUUUCAAACAUAUCUUUAGAUAUACAUUUGUUCUCUUGAAUAAAUCAUUUUCAUACCGAUAGCCUUUCUGUUUAUAAAUAAUUUGUUUGCUCUUUUCGGCUCGACACAGAAAUUGGAAUAUGGUUAUGUUCAAUAUGACUGAUAAGCAAGGUUCAGGAAUGGAGUGCUUAUGAGAAAUGAAUUAUUUCAUCCUGACUGCAGGAAUCUCAUAAAUGUAGAUUCAAUGACUAGUCAGACACUGUGGUUCUGUAAAAAACACAUUGGAAUGUCAUCUUCAGUAUGUCAGCAGGAGGCCCUCUUAAGAAGUCACUGCUAGAUUUUCUCUGCAUGUGGCUCAUCUUAAAAUAAACAUUUGAUUUCAAUUCAAAACUAUACAAGCCAAUACAUUACUAUUGUACGCAGAAGAGCGAUGCUACUGGUCUGAAAUGUGUAAUUUCUUUACCAGGGUGUCGGACGCCCCCCUGUCAGGCACCAUGUCCCCUCCCCCAUCCACCUCGGUCCCCUCCCUGGGGGUGGAGGAGUGGGACAUGUCAGGGGUGGAUGGGGGGCUGCGUUGGCACUUCAGACAGCUGGAUACGGAUGACAGUGGAGUGCUGACUGAACGUGAGGCCCGGCCCCUCCGCCUCUACCUGCGCAGGAGGUUAAAGCCACGACGCUGUGCUAAGAAGUUUGCCCAGUACUGCGACCGCGACGGGGACCGUGGUCUCACCCUGUCUGAGCUCAGUGCCUGUCUGGGGCUGUGAGGUGGGUUUGGUUCUAGGAGAGAGGUGAGGUGGG